AUGACUACAUCUAUGCAAGGUGGUUCAGUAGGACCUGUAGAUAGGGAAGAUCCUCAAUCUCAGGGUUUCUCAAGGGCUGGAUCAGCUGCUGGCUCUGAUGGUUCUGGAACCAAUACAGACAGUUACGCUGGAUCAUAUGCAGCUAAUGAUGAUUCUGGAACCAGUUCAGACAGUUAUGCUGGAGCAUCUGCCGACACUGAUGGUUCUGGAACUAUUUCAGAUAGUUAUGCUGGAUCGUCCGCAGCCACUGAUGGUUCUGGAAGUAAUACAGGAAGUUACGCUGGAGCAUCUUCUGACGCUGAUGGUUCUGGAACCAAUUCAGGAAGUUAUGCUGGAUCCUAUGCAUACGGUGACGGCGAUGGAAGCACAACAGUGAGUGAUGCUGGAGCAUCUGCUGCCACUGAUGGUUCUGAUACCAAUUCAGACAGUUAUGCUGGAGCAUCUGCUGCCACUGAUGGUUCUGAUACCAAUUCAGACAGUUAUGCUGGAGCAUCUGCUGCCACUGAUGGUUCUGAUACCAAUUCAGACAGUUAUGCUGGAGCAUCUGCUGCCACUGAUGGUUCUGAUACCAAUUCAGACAGUUAUGCUGGAGCAUCUGCUGCCACUGAUGGUUCUGAUACCAAUUCAGACAGUUAUGCUGGAGCAUCUGCUGCCACUGAUGGUUCUGAUAGCAACUCAGACAGUUAUGCUGGAGCAUCUGCUGCCACUGAUGGUUCUGAUACCAAUUCAGACAGUUAUGCUGGAGCAUCUGCUGCCACUGAUGGUUCUGAUACCAAUUCAGACAGUUAUGCUGGAGCAUCUGCUGCCACUGAUGGUUCUGAUAGCAACUCAGACAGUUAUGCUGGAGCAUCUUCUGUCACUGAUGAUUCUGGAAGCUAUUCUGGCAGUUACGCCGGAUCGUAUGCUCAGUCUAGCGGUUCCGGUGGAGACACAGGAUCUGAAGGAGGAGACGGAGGCGAAGGAGGCGAUGGAGGCGAUGGAGGCGAUGGCGGCGAUGGAGGCGACAGUGAACAAGGAGGAGAUGGCGGAGAUGGAGGCGAAGGAGGCGAUGGAGGCGAUGGCGGCGAUGGAGGCGACAGUGAACAAGGAGGAGAUGGCGGAGAUGGAGGCGAAGGAGGCGAAGGAGGCGAAGGAGGCGAAGGAGGCGAUGGAGGCGACGGUGAUCAAGGAGGAGAUGGCGGAGAUGGAGGCAAAGGAGGCGAAGGAGGCGAGGAGGUGAAGGAGGCGACAGUGAUCAAGGAGGAGAUGGCGGAGAUGGCGGAGAUGGAGGCGAAGGAGGCGAAGGCAGCGAUGGAGGCGACGGUGAUCAAGGAGGAGAUGGAGGCGAAGGAGGCGAAGGAGGUGACGGAGGCGAUGGAGGAGACGGUGGACAGGGUGAAGAUGAAAGCGAUGGAGGAUCUGCAAAUGCUUCUGCUGAAGCAUACCAACGCUUCAUCAAACUCAGACGGUGGAUCUGCAAAUGCUACUGCUGAAGCUGAAGCUUCAUCAAGUUCAGACGGCGGAUCUUCAGAUGCUUCUGCUGAAGCCGACGCAUCUUCAAGCUCAGAUGGUGGAUCCGCAGAUGCUAGUGCUGAAGCCAAAGCUUCAUCAAGCUCCGACGGUAAAGUAGGAGGAGAUGGUGGAGAAGGAGGCGAUGGAGGCGAAGGAGGCGAUGGAGGCGAUGGUGGCAAUGGAGGUGAUGAUGGCGAUGGAGGUGAUGGUGGCGAUGGAGGCGAAGAAGGCGAAGGAGGCGAAGGAGGAGAAGGAGGCGAAGGAGGUGAAGGAGGAGAAGGAGGCGAAGGAGGCGAAGGAGGAGAAGGAGGCGAAGGAGGUGAAGGAGGAGAAGGAGGCGAAGGAGGCGAAGGAGGCGAAGGAGGAGAAGAGGGGAAGGAGGUGAAGGAGGAGAAGGAGGCGAAGGAGGUGAAGGAGGAGAAGGAGGCGAAGGAGGCGAAGGAGGCGAAGGAGGCGAAGGAGGAGAAGGAGGAGAAGGAGGAGAAGGAGGUGAAGGAGAAGAUGGAACAGAGAGUGCUGCUGCUGCUAUUGCUGCUGCUAGCACUGCUACAGAAGAUGGAUCAGACAGUGCUGCCGCAGCCGCUGCCGGUGCCAGCACUGCUUCAGGCUCAGAAGAUGGAACAGACAGUGCUGCUGCGGCCAUUGCUGCUGCUGGUGCAACAUCCCAAACUGGCUCUGGACGCGGCCGGUCCAGUAGUUAUUCAACAGCAUAUUAAAACGGUGGCGGGCGGUAUAAAAGAAAUUGUGUUCCUUUUAUGGAAGGAGAUGGUGGAGAAGGUGGAGAUGGAGGCGAAGGAGGCAAUGGUAACCAAGGAGGAGACGGCGGAGAAGGUGGAGAUGGAGGCGAAGGAGGCAAUGGUGACCAAGGAGGAGACGGCGAAGAAGGUGGAGAUGGAGGCGAAGGAGGCAGUGGUAACCAAGGAGGAGACGGCGGAGAAGGUGGAGAUGGAGGCGAAGGAGGCAAUGGUAACCAAGGAGGAGACGGCGGAGAAGGUGGAGAUGGAGGCGAAGGAGGCAAUGGUAACCAAGGAGGAGACGGCGGAGAAGGUGGAGAUGGAGGCGAAGGAGGCAAUAGUAACCAAGGAGGAGACGGCGGAGAAGGUGGAGAUGGAGGCGAAGGAGGCAGUGGUAACCAAGGAGGAGACGGCGAAGGAGGCAAUGGUGACCAAGGAGGAGACGGCGAAGAAGGUGGAGAUGGAGGCGAAGGAGGCAGUGGUAACCAAGGAGGAGACGGCGGAGAAGGUGGAGAUGGAGGCGAAGGUGGAGAUGGCGGCGAUGGAGGCCAAGGAGGCGAAGGAGGAGAAGAAGGCGAUGAAGAAUCUGCUAAUGCUGCUGCUGAAGCCGACGCUUCCUCAAGCUCCGAUGGUGGAUCUGCAAAUGCUGCUGCAGAAGGUGAUGCUUCCGCAACGUCCGACGGUGGAUCUGCAAAUGCUACUGCUGAAGGUGAAGCUUCUUCAAGCUCAGACGGUGGAUCUGCAAAUGCUACUGUUGAAGCCGACGCUUCCUCAAGCUCCGAUGGUGGAUCUGCAAAUGCUGCUGCAGAAGGUGAUGCUUCUGCAACGUCCGACGGUGGAUCUGCAAAUGCUACUGCUGAAGGUUAUUAUCUUUCGAUUCCCGUAUCAAACCUAUGUCGAAAAGGAAUAG